AUGGGAGUGUGUGAGCAGCCAGAAUGUUCUUCUGUAAGGAUAGCUUUCCCUGAGAGUCCCUAUUCCCUUCAAGAAAGCCAGCUCUCCCACACUUGUGUCAAGGUGUCCUAUGGCUACCAGUCACUGCUUAUCUCAGCAUGCUUUCUGGGUUCUGGGUUCUGGGUUCUGGGUUCUUCUACCCUUGCCCAUACUUACUUCACUAAAUUUUUUCCUAAAAAUCCAAGAACGGGGGGGGGGAAGGUGUGGCCCCCCGCUCCCGCCGUCGUGAAGAAACAGGAGGCCAAGAAAGUGGUGAACCCUUUGUUUGAGAAGAGACCUAAGAACUUCGGCAUUGGGCAGGACAUCCAGCCCAAUCGAGACCUCACACUCGUCAAAUGGCCCUGAUACAUUCGGUUGCAGUGGCAAAGGGCCAUCCUCUAUAAGUGGCUUAAAGUUCCUCCUGCCAUUAACCAGUUCACCCAGGCCCUGGACAGGCAAACAGCUACCCAGCUGCUCAAGCUUGCCCACAAGUACAGGCCACAGACAAAGCAGGAGAAGAAGCAAAGACUGUUGGCCCGUGCUGAGAAGAAGGCUGCUGGCAAAGGGGAUGUCCCAACUAAGAGGCCACCUGUUCUUCGAGCAGGAGUCAACACAGUCACCACCUUGGUGGAGAACAAGAAGGCUCAGCUGGUGGUAAUCGCCCACGAUGUAGACCCCAUUGAGCUGGUGGUCUUCCUGCCUGCCCUGUGUCGGAAGAUGGGGGUCCCCUACUGCAUCAUCAAGGGAAAAGCCAGGCUGGGACGACUUGUCCACAGGAAAACAUGUGCCACCAUUGCCUUUACACAGGUUAACUCGGAAGACAAGGGUGCUUUGGCUAAGCUGGUGGAAGCUAUUAGGACCAAUUACGACGACAGAUAUGAUGAGAUCUGACACCACUGAGGAGGCAAUGUCCUGGGUCCUAAAUCUGUGGCUCGAAUUGCCAAGCUGGAAAAGGCAAAAGCUAAAGAACUCGCUACUAAACUGGGUUAAAUGUACACUCACCGC